CUGAGCACCACGGACCUCAUAGAUAUCACCACCUCCAGCAAAUGGCAGUCUAGUUCCAACAGGGAAAUACCAGUCUCCACGAUUGAUACCCUGAGCACCACUACAACAUGUGCCCAGGAAUUGUUGGCCAGAGUCUGGCCCAUGAAGGAGAGACGGGGAAAGGUCUGAGAGUGGACCUCCACCAGAGACCAGAGGAGACUCAACAGAGACACAAUUCUCAUCAUUGAUCUGUUGCACAUCACUCACACCACCGACUGAGCAACUGAGUU